UAGCAUUUAAGCAAAAAAUGGUUUAAAAAGUGUUUUUAUUUGUAUGUGGAAGGACAUAUUUUCAGCCAAGCGCUGUGUGUAUAUAAACACCAUUGCACUGAAGUGUUAUUGUGAGUGAGCCAUCAUUUCUUGUACAGGACUGUUAUUACCAUCACACCUUAUCACACUGCUUUACAGACACAAGUGGUUUGCACACGUCACUCAAACACAGAAGUAGGAAACUCUUCUCUUUCAGUUCAGAGAAAGAGAAACUGAAAAUGAAGAGUAGUUGAGUUUUUGUGUGUUUGUGUCUCUGUAUUCAUGCAGUAAAAUGGCAGAAGCCAGAUUUUCUGAGGAUGAGUUCCUUUGUUCAGUGUGUCAGGAUAUCCUGAAGAAUCCAGUGGCCAUUCCCUGUGGACACAGUUACUGUAAGAUCUGUAUUACAGACUUCUGGGAUCAGGAGGAUCAGAAGAGAGUCUACAGCUGUCCUCAGUGCAGACAGACCUUCAGUCCAAGACCUGCUUUAGCUAAAAACACCAUGCUGGCUGAAGUGCUGGAGGAACUGAAGAAGAUUAAACUUCCUGCUGACUGUUAUGCAGGAGCUGGAGAUGUGCAGUGUGAUGUCUGUACUGGAAGAAAACACAAAGCCGUCAAGUCCUGUCUGGUGUGUCUGGAGUCUUACUGUCAGAAUCACCUUGAACAACAUGAGAGUUUAUUAAAAAGAAAGAGACACAAUCUGACUGAUGCCACUGGACGACUGCAGGAGAUGAUCUGCCAGAAACACGACAAGAUCCUUGAGGUUUUCUGUCGCAUUGAUCAGAAGUGUAUAUGUGUGCUGUGUACGAUUGAUGAACAUAAAAACCACGACACUGUAUCAGCUGCAGCACAGAGGACAGAGAAACAGGACCAGCUGAAGGAGACGCAGAGGUUGUUCCAGCAGAGGAUCCAGCAGAGAGGGAAAGAUCUUCAGCAGCUGAGAGAGGCUGUGGAGUCUCAUAAGCGCUCUGCACAGACAGCAGUGGAGGACAGUGAGAGGAUCUUCACUGAGCUCAUCCGCUCCAUUGAGAGAAGCCGCUCUGAGGCCACACAGCGGACCAACGAUCAGGAAAAGACUGCAGUGAGUCGAGCUGAAGGACGACUGGAGCGUCUGGAGCAGGAGAUCAAUGAUCUGAGGAGGAGAGAUGCUGAGCUGGAGCAGCUUUCACACGCACAGGAUCACAUCCAUUUCCUGCAGAGUUUCCAGUCUCUCUCAGCUCCUCCUGAAUCUACAGACUUAAAUGACGAUCCCUUCAGUUCUCUCUCCUCUUUUGAUGGCGUGAGAGAAUCUGUCCAUCAGCUGAAAGACAAACUGGAGGAUUUCUGCAAAGAGGAGCUCAAGAAGAUCUCUGACAGAGCCACUUUCACCAACAUUGUUCCCAGGACCAGGAACGACUUCCUACAAUAUUCCCAUCAGCUCACUCUGGAUCUGAACACAGCACAUAAACGCCUCCGUCUGUCUGAGAGGAACAGAGUGAUUACUUACACUAACACAGAGCAGCCGUAUCCUGAUCAUCUAGACAGAUUUGAUAUUUUGUGGCAGGUGUUGUGUAGAGAGAGUGUGUGUGGACGCUGUUACUGGGAGAUUGAGUGGAGUGGUGUUAUGUUUGGUGUGUUUAUAUCAGUGUCAUAUAAGAGCAUCAGCAGGAAGGGACGGGGUAAUGAGUGUUGGUUUGGAUAUAAUGAUCAGUCCUGGAGUUUGAGGUGCUCUUCCUCCAGUUACUCAUUCAUACACAAUAAGAUAGAGACUAAACUCCCUGUAAAGCCCAUCAUCAGCAGUAGAAUAGGAGUGUAUGUGGAUCACAGUGCAGGAACUCUGUCCUUCUACAGCGUCUCUGGAGACACAAUGAGCCUCAUCCACACAGUCCAGACCACAUUCACUCAACCGCUCUAUGCUGGGUUUUAUGUCGGUUAUACUGGAUCAUCAGUGAAACUGUGUUGAUGAAUCAGAAUAGACUGUAGAGAGAUUCUACCCAUAAUGCUUUGAGUUCAUGAUAGAUCAGUAACAGUGAGAUGUUGUAGAGUCUCUUACUUUCUCUUCAUUACAUGACAGUUUUUCCUCAAUCGAUUUGACAUUUCUCCAAAGUAAUGUAACUGCUCUCAAAACAGUUAACACAGUGAUCUAAACACACUCUUACCCCAGCCAAACAGUUCAACUUUAAUGCAAAAUAAAGCACUGCAUUUUUUUCUAGUAAUGCAUUUAUUAAGUAAAUACUACAGGUGUAUUGUCUAUUGAUUUUAGAACAUUUUCAGCUGUGGAUGUACAAAUACACUAAUGAAAAUACAUGUUUAUUGUAAUGUUUGUCUAACAGGUUUUGUUAUAUGGGUCAUUGACAAAGCUUCAAAAAAGGUAUUUUUAAAAAAUCUUUUCAAAACUGAUGAAAUGCACAUUUUUGAGUCUUGAACAAUGUGUUUAAACAGGUUACAUAACAUUUCAAAGUGUUUAAAUUCUUUUUUUUUUUUUUACUUUUUCGUCAGGCGGUACAACCAAAUGUUUGUAAAUAUAUAUUAUAUUAUUGUACGACCUGACAUGGAAACAUAGGUGUACCAACCUACCCAUACUUGAAAUUAGCCGUUUUAUCAGUAUUUGAGAGAGAUCUACAAACCUUUUCACUCUGCCACAAUGAUCUGUUGAUUUCCUCUGGAUGUCGCAUUAUCAGACUUAAUGGUAUUAUCUUGUCAAUUCAUAUAAAACAGCUAUAUUUGCAGUUGUGCCACUCUGGCUGAAUCCACAAUUCCUCCUAUACCCUGCUUUCCACUACACCAAUGCCCUCCACCAAUCUCUUAUCCUCUCCUCCUUUUUUACAUCCUCCUCUCUCCUCAUAUGACCUCCCUCUAUCUGUUCCUUUCCUUCUUAUUACACCCCUUCCGCUACCCACACCACCUUUACACUUAACACUUAUUUCUUUAUUUUCCCCUUCUCUUGCAUAUUCUUAUAUUCAUAUUCUUUUCUUGCUCUAUGAAUACUUUCCCUUUUAUACUUUCCCUGUUACAUUGCGCAGUUGUGAUAAAUGUGUAAACAGAUAGGAAAACUGAAUUUCCUGUGUUGUGUGUAUUAUUAACAAAGCAGUUAUCAGUUUGGGGCCAAUUGAAAACAUACAAAGUGCAUUUGAUAAUAUGACAAAUUCCAGAGUUUUGUUUAUUGUGUUUGGACAAAUAGUACAUAAAUGUUUGUGAAUUGUGUAAAGCCAAUUUUAAAAAAAAACUGCGAUCAUUUUUGAUUGGAUGUAUUAUGAAAACAUUGGAGAACUUUGUGCGUAGUGUUUUGAGAAAAUGAUUCACAUGAUUUGCAAUUUGUGUGAAAUGAAUGAAAACGUACAAUAUGUUCAGGACAGUUACAAUGUGUUCAGAUCACUGUGUUAACCUUUGAGAACAGUUAUCCAAGUUUGGAGAAAUGUGUCAAAUCUAUUGGGAAAAACUAAUACUACAGCUGAACUUCUGUCAGUGAAAUAACAUGUCAGAAUAAAUGUGUGUAAUGAAUCCUCAUAUAGACAGUAAGAUCAGUGUGUGUUUGUGAGUCAUGAUGAGUGACGGUGUGUAUCUGUGCUUUACUCAAGCUCUGUGAUUUUCCAUCUAACAGAACUGCUUGCUAUAAUACAGGAAAAAUAUAAAUUAUGUUAUGAAGGGUAAAAUGAGUGUUGCACAAUGUAUUUUUUAUAUUUAUGCAUGUGUUCACAUGGAACUGCUGUGUAUUCUUUUUGUGUGGAUUGUGGCGUUUUUCUUUCUUUUCCAAGCAGUAUUCCCUAAGCCACACCUCUAUUCUUCUAAUUACAUCAAUUGAACUAAUUGGUGAUGGACGUUGAGUUGGCGCGUAAAUAUGUUCUCUUAUAAAAGGACAGCUGUGACUGGGACACAAGAGAGCAAGUACCACGGUGGAAAGGGUAAAGGGGCAACACCAUGCGGUCGUAUCCGGAAACUGGUCGACGAGAGAACGAGCGAGAGAGUCACGUUUGCGUCGGCAUCUAGCAGUGAGUGUGUUGCAUGUGGUAAGACGGCCUAUGGCCAUGUGAGUGCACAGCUUUCUGUAGACGAAUAAAGGCGGAUGAGCUGGCGGUUCGGUGACGCAGAUGCCUAUCAGAGGCUGAACUGAAGCUGGACUGUCUACCGAGUUUGGACUUUUAAUGUUUGUUUUCUUUCUUUUUUUUGCUCCUUUUUGAUUCAAUUGAUUGUAAUAAAAAGUCUUUGUUUGA